GCUCGCUGCUCGAAUUACCCGAUAGUUUACUUCAUUACCAAGCUGCACACAUUUCCUCUCUACGCAUCAGUUGCUACGGCAAGUCUACCAAGGACGGAACGCGUUAACGUACAUACACCCUGAAAUGUCGUCGGCGUCCAAGCAAAACAAAAAGAGUAUUGGAAAGGAGUUUCUGUGCAAGGUUCGGUACCAGAACCCGCUGCCCGUGGUUCCCUUUCCUCCCAAACUGCUGCCGAUUCCGCCGACAUACGUAGACGCGAACGGUGGCUCGUACAGCCAGGCACGGCUCGCACACUAUGUCGAAUACCGGCACACAACAUUGGAAGAGGCGACACCAUACCCGAUGCACAUUGACGCCGACCUUGGCAUGCCGAUCGAUCCGUGCAUGCUGGGCACAUUUGAUGAAGACUACAGGCCAGGUGCCCUCCAGCCGCAGGAGCUCGAUCCAAGAGAUGAAUUCUUGUUGAAUCUCCCCACCACCACUGAGCCAGCAGCACCCGCACCGAACACCAGCAGCACCAGCACGUCUGGCGGCCCAGCUGCUAGGCCCGUGGUGCGCGUGCAGGAGAAGCGCAAAUUUGAUCACUCGCUUGAGGGCCAGCUGCAGGCGAUCGAAGAUACAUUUGCAUGCUAUGCCAAAUACGCCGACCUCGAGGAUGGCCAGGCGAGGCUGUUGCGUGACAUGAAGCACCCGACGAACUCGAAGCUGACUGCCGUCGAGGCCAUCCCGGUGUUCCCCGACGAGCACACUUGGGUCAACAACUACACAGCCUUCACGCUCGACACGUGCCCGGAGCCGCAGUACACAAGCAUGAAGAACUGCCCUGACAUGGACGCUGCGAAGCGCCAGAAGCUCGGCGAUGAGGCGCGCCAGUCGAUUGUGUUUAGGCUGCGCGACCGCACCAACAACUUUGGCCAAAGUGAACGGUGGGUCGAGUCGUUCCUGCCUGAAGACAGCGAAAUGGCGACCAAGAUCCACGAGCGGCUGACUGAUGGCAGGCAGGCAGGCGAGCAGGACUCGGGCGUCGAGUAUCGCUUCGAGAAGGCGCGCGAUUACGAUCUACCGGGGCUCUCUGAGGCACACCGCCAGGACAUGUACAUGUUCACUAUCAAUAACGGCGAGGCUGUGUAUGUGCCAAUCAAGUCGCGUGCCAUGCUGAAGCGCCGUCAGGUCCCGCUGAACGUCCAGCUAGAGGAGGAGCGCGACGACCCAUUAUAUGUCACGCAUAUGGGGCUGCAGCUGCGCGAGAUGAAAGAGGAGGAGAUCCAGGACCAGCAGGAAGCCAUGAACAAGCUGCGCAAGAAGAUCAAGGAGGAAAUUGUCCACAACACUGGGCGCACCGAGGAAACGGACGAGAAUGUCGAUAUUGGCGAUGACAUGUUUGACGAUAGUCAGGACAUCGACUCAGCCCACGAGGACAGUCGUCGCCGCCACCGCCGCUCAGCUUCGUUCUCAUCGUCGUCUAGCAGGGUAGAUGAUUUUUGAGCAAUAUGGAUUUUUACUAUACUGCAACAGAAUCCCUGCUGUGUGGCACCACCGCACAGACCGAUUACAUGUGGCUGGAUUAUACGAUUUUAUAUCCCAGAAUGCGUCCGACUAUUCACUGUAAUGUUUUUUAUUGACUGAAAGGACCCACACUCUUUUGAGCCUCACAGCGAGUAUGCGUGACUCCCUCCGUGGACUCUUUAAAUAGGAUUAUCUCUUUACGC